ACGCUCUUCCCUUGGAGGUUUUUUCUGGAGAUUUUUUGGACAUUUGUGAAGGAGGUGGUUUUCCGGUUCCGCCUUCUCUUCCAAUCCUCUCCAAGAAAGAAGCAAGUGCGCGUUCUCGGUACAUAGGCUCAGAAAGAUGGGUAAGACGAAGACAGCCGAAAAGGCAGCCAAAACGCAGUCCGAUGCGGAUUAUAUGAUCAAACCUACCUCUGUCACCCCAUCCAUGGACACGUCCACCUGGCCCUUGUUGUUGAAGAACUACGACAAACUCAAUGUUCGCACUGGCCACUACACUCCCAUCCCCAGCGGAUGCUCUCCACUCAAGCGCGAUAUUGAGAACUAUGUCAAGUAUGGUGUCAUCAACCUUGACAAGCCUGCCAACCCAUCCUCUCACGAAGUUGUUGCUUGGAUCCGCCGAAUCCUCCGUGUGGAAAAGACUGGUCACAGUGGAACACUUGACCCCAAAGUGACAGGGUGCUUGAUUGUGUGUGUCGAUCGUGCCACUCGCUUGGUUAAGUCACAGCAGGGUGCCGGUAAAGAGUACGUCGCCGUUCUUCGCCUUCAUGACGCGAUAGAAUCCGAAAAGAAGUUGGCGCAGAGUCUGGAGACGCUGACCGGUGCAUUGUUUCAACGCCCUCCAUUGAUCUCGGCAGUCAAACGUCAAUUGCGUAUUCGUACUAUCCAUGAGCUCAAGUUGAUCGAAUUUGACAACGAGCGCCACUUGGGUGUUUUCUGGGUCAGCUGUGAGGCCGGCACGUACAUCCGUACCCUCUGUGUGCAUUUGGGUCUUUUGCUCGGGGUUGGUGGUCAUAUGCAAGAACUUCGGCGUGUGCGAUCCGGUGCUUUGGGCGAGGAUGAUAACCUCGUGACGAUGCACGACGUUAUGGAUGCCCAAUGGGUAUACGACAACACCAAGGAUGAAUCAUAUUUGCGACGGGUGGUAAUGCCUUUGGAAACAUUGCUCACAACCUACAAGCGUGUAGUUGUCAAAGACAGCGCUGUGAAUGCUAUCUGCUAUGGGGCCAAGCUCAUGAUACCUGGUCUGCUGCGAUUCGAAUCGGGUAUUGAUAUAAAUGAGGAGGUGGUGUUGAUGUCAACCAAAGGCGAGGCUAUUGCGUUGGCUAUUGCCCAGAUGUCCACGGCCGAAAUGGCCACCUGCGAUCAUGGAGUGGUUGCCAAGAUCAAGCGCGUCAUCAUGGAACGCGAUACCUACCCACGUCGUUGGGGUCUGGGACCGAAAGCACAGGAGAAGAAAAAGUUGAUUCAGGACGGCAAGUUGGACAAGUACGGUCGGAGCAACGACGCUACACCAUCUACCUGGACAAAAGACUACGUUGAUUAUGCUGCUGGACAAGUUGACGAAAAGCCUGCUGCGAACAAGGAGGCAAUGGAAGUUGACUCUAAACCAUUAAUCGAAGAGGUGGUUCCUAAAUCGAAAAAGAGAAAGAUGGACGAUACAGCUGAGGAUGGAGCUACAGCAGAUGGCGAAAAGAAAAAGAAGAGCAAGAAGAAGGAUGCGGAAGCCACAGAGAAUGGAGAGGACAAGUCUGAGAAGAAGAAGAAAAAGAAGAAGACGAAGACCGAGGAUGACGAGUAGGAGCUACCCGGACCCGUGUGAUAAUAGCCGUUUUGGGGCGGAACCGCCGAGGAAUGCCCGGAUUUUUUUAUUUUUUGUGUAUCUAUUUUUUUCCUUGAAAUUAGCAAUAAAACACGCCAUGCAUCAAUAAUCUCCA